UUCGCGCUGACGGACGGCGCCGCGUCCGUCGCGAGCGGCCGCGUCAGCUUCGCGCUGGGGCUCCGCGGCGCGUGCCUGACCCUGGACACGGCCUGCUCCGCGUCCCUCGUGGGGCUCCACGUCGGCGCGUUCGAGGCGUCGAGCGGGAGCGCGGAUUCGGCGCUCUGCGGCGGCGUCAACGCGGCGGACCACGGCGCGUCGCGGCAGUGCGCGGCCGCGGGCAUGAUCUCGCCCAACGGCCGCUGCCACACCUUCGACGCGCGGGCCGACGGCUACGCCCGCGGCGACGGCGCGCUCGUCGUCGCCGUCGGCGGCGCGCCGGAAAACUAUGCGGCGCUCGCGGGCGCCGCGGCGCGCGCGGACGGCCGCUCCGCGUCGCUGACCGCGCCGAGCGGCGUCGCGCAGGAGGCGCUGCUCCGCGCCGUCGCCGCCGUCGUCCGCGCCGUCGCCGCCGGCGAGUCAAAACUCGUCCUGGAGGCCCACGGCACGGGGACGGCCCUGGGCGACCCC